UCCAUCUUCAUCUUUUCAUUACAUUUUUGUCCAUUAAUUCCUCCUAAACAACAUUCAAAUCACUCCCAAAAAAAAAAUAUGGAAGAAGUUGAAGUUCCUUCCUAUUUUCUUUGUCCAAUCUCAAUGGAAGUAAUGAGGGAUCCAGUUACAAUCUCAACUGGAAUCACCUAUGACAGAGAGAACAUAGAAAAAUGGUUAUUUUCAUGCAAACACACAACUUGUCCUGUCACAAAACAAGAACUACAAAUCACAGAUCUCACCCCAAAUCACAAUCUCCGCCGUCUGAUCCAAUCUUGGUGCAUAUUAAAUUCUUGUCAUGGUAUCCAACGAAUCCCAACUCCAAAACCUCAAGUUCACAAAACCCAUGUUGUUAAAAUCCUAAACGAAGCCAAAAAAUGUCCAGAAAUGCAACUUAAAUGCCUUAGGAGACUUAGAUCAAUUGCACAUGCAAAUGAGAGUAACAAAAAAUGUUUGGAGUCAGCUGGGGUUGUUGCUUUUUUAGCAUCAGUGAUUAAGAAAAGAGAAGUGGCUUUAGUUGAAGAUUCAGAAUUCACAAAGGCAAGUGAUGAAGCUUUAAAUAUUCUUUUUCAUCUUAAUCCUUCUGAUGAAGAGUUGAAAAGGUUCAUUUCCCAAGAUGAACAAUUCUUGGAUUCUUUACUUCAUUUCUUGAAAUGUGGGAAUUUCCAAUCUCGAGCCUAUGCGAUAAUGUUAUUAAAAUCAGCUUUCAAUGUGGCUGAUCCAGCACAAUUAAUUGGUAUAAAGCCAGAAUAUUUUAAAGCUAUAGUUGGUAUACUAAAUGAUAAAAUUUCCGAACAAGCAACAAAGGCAGCACUCAAGAUUCUAGUUGAAUUAUGUCCAUGGGGAAGAAAUAGAAUAAAAGCAGCUGAAAAUGGAGCAGUUUUAGCACUAAUUGAACUUCUCCUUGACACAAAAGAAAGAAGGGGUUGCGAAUUGAUACUUGCAGUAUUGGAUCAUUUAUGUAGUUGUGCUGAAGGGAGAGCUGAAUUAUUAAGCCAUGGGGCAGGAAUAGCAAUUGUUUCAAAGAAAAUUCUAAGGGUUUCACAUGUGGCAAGUGAUAGGGCAGUGAGGAUUCUUUGUUCAAUAUCUAAGUUCUCAGCUACAAGUAAAGUUCUACAAGAAAUGUUGCAAGUUGGAGUUGUGUCAAAGUUGUGUUUGGUGCUUCAAGUGGAUACUAGUCCAAAAACAAAGGAGAAAACUAAAGAAAUUCUAAGGUUGCAUUCUAGGGUUUGGAGGGAUUCCUUAUGUAUUCCUUCUCAUUUGCUCUCUUCUUACCCUUCAUGAUUUUAAAGAAAAGGUAUCUUGAAGAUAAGUCCUUUUUCAAAUCCAUUGUAUUUUUGCCUUUUUCAUGUACAUAAUUCAUAGGUUUGACAGGUGUGGUUUUUACCAUUGCGGAUAUAUUUUUAAGUGUAUGAAAACAACAAGCAUAGUAAAAAAAUCAUCUGAUUUAUGGAUCUAGCUUUUUGAGAUAUAUCAUAUUUGGAGUGGUUGUAUUUUUUGCUAUUUGCCAACUUAGAAUC